AUGCCACAAACAUUAAAUAAAAGAAUUGUAUUAGAAAACAAAUUAAUGCCAUGUGGAAAGGGCUCUGCUAGGAAUGCUUUGUGGAAGCUGGACUUCGAAACUCGGAGACGAGCUAUGAAAUUAAACGAACAACAGGAGCAACGCCUAUCACUUUUGUGCAAAAUUCUGGAUCGCCAGAAAAAUUACAACGAAGCUAAAGCAAAUCGUGCAAUGGAAGAACUGGUUGAGAGGGGUGUAGAGUUAGAAAAGGAAUGUAAAAUCAGGCGAUUAUUGGUGGAGAGAAACCUAACGGACUCUGAAACAAAUAGGGCAGCUGUAGAAAGAUUAGCGCGUCGUCGCCCAAAGAACAUACUUCCCUCCAUCCAAAAGAAUAUUUCCGAAAACAACGAUGAUCACGUUUGGAUCAGUCGAAUGCCUGGAAAAACACGUAGUGAAGAUCAUAAAAACAGAAAUGUAACUUUUGAUAUCAAUUCUAAAAGUAAAGAAACACAAGCAUCUUUUCAAAGACUUGCUGACCCAUCAGAGCAAAUAUUUGAAGUUUCCUUGGAAACUGGAGCCACUCAAAGGUGGCAUGUACCCGUGCAGUCCCUUUUCUCUAGAUUUACAGCAAAUCUUCGAUCUUCUCAUUAUUCAAAAACUGUUCGGUGGGAGAGAGAGACAUAA